UAAUCUUUAUAUGAAUAUGUGGUUUUUCAGCCUUUUUUAAUGCGAAAACGCAAGGGUUUCUGGGGCACCUCUUAAUUCUAGAUUGAAUGAAAUCACAUAUGGUUAUGCAUCCGGCCUGAUUCAUUCUGGUUAGUCUUUAGAUUAUUAAUAUUUACAUGUUGAAAGGCUAUUACAAAGGGGUUACAAGCUAUUGGAUAUUGAUGGUUCCCCAUAAUAAGAAUCUGACACCGGUGACACGGUGAAUUAUGCAGGAUAUAAACCCGUUUUUGAAGCAAUUCGUAUUAUAUAACACUUUUAAAUGCAGAAUCCUGAAUUUAUUGUGAAUGCACAAUAGAGUGUUAAUAUUGAGGCAUUGUUUAGAGUCGUACAUACAGUAGAGCAGCUCUUCGAUGUGUCAUAAAGACAAUGGGAUGGUCACCAGCUGAUGGUCGCUGAUAUGUUUAUUUUUCCUUAUCGCAAUUUUGUUUAAUUGACAUUCUUUUACGUGCGCAUCUUGAUGUAUUCCAUGUAAAUGUCUUAGUUUUGUUUAAUUAAGGCUUCAGUCGUUCGAUUCAUUUUAGAUCACAAUAUCCGAUGACAUUGCACAUAUGCAAACACUUGAGCUGUAUGUGAAUAUGACGGCAAAUCAAUGCUAUUACAACAAACGCAACAAACCGGGUUUUUUGCUUGGCGUGUCCUAGAUAGUGUGCAGUGGGCUCUGUUUGGUCGGAAAUGAUUUGUUUUUUUUCGUGGGUGCCUGACGGUGUGGCGGUGGCUCUGGACUCGGUUUGUGGGUCGGUCAUUUGAUCGGGUCAGACUCAGAGGUGCAGCUGUUGCAGGGCUGGGACUGAGAAAGAGAGGGCACUGGAAUAGCCUAGUGCUAAACUGAAAUACUUAAACACAGGCUCAUAUUUGGUACCCUUUACCCAGCAUACUCCUCUUAUAAAGCUGUUAAAUCAAAAGAUGUGAGAGAAUAUGUGAAAUGGAUGAUGUACUGGAUAAUAUUUGCACUUUUUACUUCAGUUGAAGUGGUUACUGAUAUCUUUUUGUGCUGGCUUCCAUUCUACUAUGAACUCAAAAUCGCCUUUGUGGUUUGGUUACUUUCUCCAUACACAAAAGGAUCCAGUGUGUUGUAUAGAAAAUUCGUCCACCCUACACUGUCCUCUAAGGAGAAGGACAUCGAUGAAUACCUUUGCCAAGCAAAAGAUAAAAGCUACGACACCCUGAUGCAGUUUGGAAGGAAAGGCCUGAAUGUGGCGGCAACAGCUGCUGUAACUGCUGCCACUAAGGGCCAAGGCGUUCUCUCCGAGCGACUCCGCAGUUUCAGCAUGCAGGACCUGUCAGACCUGUCAUCAUUCCAGGAAGAGGGCCAGGCAAAGAAUGCAAGUUCUGUAACUACUCAACCUGCAGCCGCACAGCACAGAACACACACUAUGAUGCGCAGCAAAUCAGAGGCUGGUUACAGCAAGGCCUCCUCCUAGGACCCUAAGACCCGUCACCCGAUCCAGAUCAAAGAACGCCCUCUCUUUGGACACUGAAGCCAUGUGACUGUGCAUAUACUCCAAGAGCGCUUUAGCUGUCUUACCUGCAACAUGAGAAGACGCAACGAGGGAAGGCAGAGAAAAAAAAAAGGAAUGCAGCCAAAAUGUUCAAAUAUUCAAAAGCAGCCUUGCUCUAUGAUGAGGUAACCAAAGCAAUGCGCAACCUUUCGCUUCUGAUCUUUGACACUCAAGAGGGAGGGUAUUAAUUUAGGUAACACUUUCACUUGCAUACUACUGCUCUGAGACACUUUGGGGGUUAUUAAACUUGUUUUAUAUAUAUUUAUGGUAUGUUCGAGUGUCGACUGUUUGAUUUCUUGGUAUGAUUUUGGGAGAAACAAACACAUGCAUGUCCCUCUGAUCUCGUGUCUCCAGUCACCCAACCAUAAUCACUGCACACAGUCAUAAUACUUACUGUUUAUGAACAUAUUUUAUUUUUAGGGGGACUGUGCUCAUUUUGUGUUGCCCAAAGCCCCCUCAAUGACUACUGAGUAGCAAGGUGUUUCAGAAUCAGCCUUUCUUAGAACAGAAAGUGAAAAAAAAAAUACUGCACUGAUGUGGUAGGUGUGUUUGACUGCAAACAUAACAUUUAUUUCAUGAAUUAUGUAUCAAAAAUUGCAAGGGUUCAUCUGCGGAGAGGGACUUUUUACUACAAGCUUGUAGUUGAACCAAAUAUAGGUAUUGAUCACAAUACCCAAUGUGAAUUGUGAUUUAAAAUAGAUGGACAAAGUGCAAUGUAUUUUACAAUUCUUGUAACCUUUCAGUAGUUCAGCCAUAAACUUAAACUAUUGUGCUGUAACAUCAUAUAUACAUAUCAAGUUAAUCAAUAACCAAUAACAAGUUAAUGUUGCUAAAAAUACACAAAAAACUUUCUAAACAGAAAGAGGCAAUUAAGUUGAUUCUUACUUUACCUCAUUAAUUAUUAGGUAUAUUUUAUCAUUUCAAAACUCAGGACUGAUUGAUCAACAUGGGAUUUCAUGUUUUCUGAAGCUGAACAUUUUCUGUUAUUUCUUAGUUUGCUUCUUAAAACCUUUGUUUACAGUUGUUUGAUGUUGCAUGUAUUCACAUUGACGAGUUGAAUGUGUCUCACAUUUUUGGCCUCCACUUUCUGAACGUCUUCAGUAUUAAAGUACCUUAUCAGAGUUAAGCGGGCAUUAUUGGUGAUUUGGCACAACACAAAGCGGCUUUUUCAGUCAGUGUAGUCGUUUUACUUUUGUAGCAUUCACAGAUUUAGUCAUGAGGAGAAACAAAUGUCUGAAAACAUAUUAGCAUGUAUCACUAAGAAACUUAUAAUUUCUGAUCACAGUCAAGAUUGUUGGAUUAACUUGAAAAUGCAGUGCAUCAACUAUCAAACACAUAGCAAACACAACUGGAUCUUAGAGCACUGUAUAUUUAGAAAGCUUUCCACAAAGUGUUUAAUACUGUGACAAUACGAUGACAAUCCUAGUCUCAUAAACACGCUUUGACUUGUUGUAUUUGUGAUCUUGUAGCUGUUCAAAUGAUUAUAUCAAACUUCAUGGACAAAAUAGCAGGCUCAGGAACAGUUUUUGUCAUUUUAUCACAAGUGUAUUUCAACGUGAACAUAUCUUCAAUGUGAACUAAAAAAAGUCAUUGGCAUUGUGAUUAUCUGGUUGGCCUUUUUGUUGGGUUUGUGUUUCCAGUUUUUACAGUGGGAUUAAAAUGCAGCAUUUUCUCUGUGUGAAAUUGGUGUGAUUUUAAAGUGCUCUGUAUUGAACCAUCUUUGGCCUUCUACAGUAUAUAAAAACAGCUGAUUGUUGCUUCUCUGAAUAUUCAGGUCAUUCAGUAUACAAACUUUACAAUUUCAUAACAUGUGAAGAGCAGUUCAGUUGUGGAUUAAGGUAAUUUGUCAUUUAGUGGGAAAAUAGCUAUGAUUUUAACCCAUUUUAAAAUAUUAAUCUCGUGGACAACUUUCUGGAUUGUCAAUUUUCGAAUAUGAACGUUAGAUGUUACAUAUGCAUGCUUAAUCAUGUCAGACAAAGAUGUUUGUAAAUUUCAGGGACUUAAGUAGAGGCUGUGCCUUUAAAGACUGGAAAAGUCCUGGCUGUGGGUUAAACUGACCUUUCAUGUAUUUUUGAGUUCUUAAAGGGGGGAUGAAAUGCUCGUUUUCACUCAAUAUCCUGUUAAUCUUGAGUACCUAUAGAGUAGUACUGCAUCCUUCAUAACUCCAAAAAGUCUUUAGUUUUAUUAUAUUCAUAAGAGAAAGAUAGUCUGUACCGAUCUUUCCCGUAAAAACACGACCGGGUGGAGGCGUGACGUGUGGGCGGAGCUAAAGAAUCACGAGCUCGAAUAGGCUUUUGCGUUGAGAGCGUUUGGAAGCUGUGACAUUACCGUGAGGGAAAAAAAAAGAUCCAAAACAAACCAUGGCUUACAGUCAGAUUCAGCCGUUUAUUUAUGAUCCAGAAUCAGAUCCCGAGGCUGAAACUGAACGAGAGCAGCAGCAGCAACGACUCGCUCCAAGCGGGGCUCGAACCCAGGGCUCUGGCAUGGGAGGCAGACGCACUAACAACAAGGCAGAAGUGCCGCAGAAGUGCCUCAGGACCCAUAUAAGGAAAUUCCGCUCCAUCUAACGUCACACAGAGCCAUACUCGAAAAAAACUUUCUGAAACUUGUGACAAACCGGAAGUAUUAUUUUUCGAACAGAAAUACUCCUUCAAACGUACAACUUAAUUUUUGAAACUUUGUCCAUGUUUAGCAUGGGAAUCCAACUCUUUAACAGUGUAAAAAACUCAGUAUGCAUGAAAUAGCAUUUCACCCCCCUUUAAGAUUAGGAGAGUAAAAAACUCUUUUCGCCAUUCUCUUAUAACAACGGCUUGCAGCAUCUACAUAAAAAAUUUUCCACAGCUGUCAUGUCUGGCAGGCCAGAAUAUACUGCAUCUCAUUGCUGGAAGUUGAAUAAAUCUUGAGUGAAAAAACAGAAGUUGAUGUAAAAGAGUGAAAUGAUCUGUUAAAAAAAAUGUAUUGGCAUUUAGCAAUUAAAAGGUGAAUGUGAAA